AUGGAUACCGGAAACAUGUGUUGUGAGGUUACCUUCCAUGUCGACCCAUGCUGCGACUUUGAUUCCUCAACUUCGGCCGUCGCAACACCAAACGCCGCACCUGAGCCAUCACUAUUCGUCGUACCUCUUGCAUCGCCGAAAGCAGACGAAGAAGGAAACCCUCUAUAUACGGAAAUCAACAUACCACUUCCCGCUGUACCUGCGCCACCAAAGCAAGCUCCACAAUCUCUAUCACCACCACCCAAGUCGCGGUCGCGUGCGGUCUCGCUUUCGUCGCUCUCACCAUUUCACCGCAGAAGUCCGUCUAUCUCGUCUUCAGGGAGAACAAGCGAAGAGUGGCCGAGGAUCAAGAAGGAGGUAAAGAACAAGGAGGUUGCUGCGAUGAUGAACCUUAACCACCAAAGCAAACGAAAUCGCAGUGGAACGAUCGAUGCACUUGCAGUGGUACCUGCGGUUCUGGUGUUGAGUGCGGAGCUGUUUACACCUGGGCAAGGGAAUGAAGGGAGACGGAAGGACAGCGGAGUUGGCAGGUGGGAAAAUGGUAUUCGCUGA